AUGGCUCCGGCUCAUAACUAUGGCUCAUCCAACGGGCCCAUCUCAUUUUUACGGAGGUAUUGGAAGACAACUCACGCGCCUGACUAUGUCGGCUUCCUAUUUCUCCUAACGGGCUGGAUCUUGACGGUUCUCUUUGUCAACCCUUUCCACCGCAUGUUCUUCGUCAACGAUCUCCAGAUCUCAUACCCUUUUGCUGUUCAUGAGCGUGUUCCCGUCUUUAUGAACUUUGUAUAUGCUCUCUUCGUACCGCUGGGAGUCCUAAUCGCCUACAACAUAGUCGCGCGAUCUUCAGCUGCCAAGCAUGAAGUCACAUACCUCUCAUUUCUCAUCUCUAUUGUACUUACAUCUUUCAUCACUGACAUCAUCAAGAACGCCGUUGGCCGACCUCGUCCUGACCUGCUGGACCGUUGCAAACCUGAUAUUGGCACAAAGGCCAACACUUUGGUCACCAUAGAUGUCUGCACGGCAGAAGAUGGCCAUGUUCUCCAGGAGGGAUGGCGGUCGUUCCCUUCCGGCCACUCAUCCUUCUCCUUUGCUGGCCUCGGGUUUCUUAGCCUCUUCCUUGCCGGACAGCUACAUGUUUUCCGCUAUUCAGCCGGAGGCCGCGAUCUUAGCCGCGCUUUGGUGUGCUUCCUGCCACUCAUUGGAGCAGGUCUAAUCGCCAUCUCCCGCUGUGAGGACUACCGCCACGACGUUUACGAUGUCUGCGUAGGCUCCGUCCUAGGUAUGAGCGUUGCGUACUGGAGCUACCGCCGUCACUUCCCCCGACUUUCUUCCCAAAAGUGUGAUGAGCCCUACCCACGACCAGGAGUCGACACCCAGCCGGGCUGGCAACGAAUCACCGACGACGAGGAGGCAGCAAGAGGGACAGAUGUAGGAUUUGAGAUGGAAAACUUGAGAGGUUCGCGACGCUGA